CUUUGUAUGUGGUGCUGAGGAUUGAACCCAGGCCGCACGCAUGCCAGGCAAGUGCGAUACCGCUUGAGCUACAUCCCCAGCCCUCUGAUGUAUUCUUAACAACAUCUUCCUUGUAGUUUUGAGAGCUUUUUUGGGACACCUAUUCUCCACCUAUUUAUAAGUUGUCUAUGGUUCCCAUUUGGCUCCUUCAAUUUUUGGAAAGCUAUGUUUUUUUCUGUAAUAACCUCUUUGCUUCUGAUAGAUAAUAGUGAUGUAACAAGAAGGCUGUGCUAUGGCUUCCAGAGAAAGUCACAAAAGUUAGAUGAGCUUCUCUCAGGCAUGAGAUAUAGCACCAUUGGUUGUGAGCUCAAUGUUAAUUGGUAAUUUGGUACAUUCAGCAAUAGGAGAGGAUAUUUGCUGAUUGGUAUGUGAGUGUGCUUCAGAAAGUGCUUAAGUAACAUCUACCAUGUGUGGUGAAGCUGUGGAAAAGAUGGAAAAGAGACCAAACUCAGGAAUUCAUGAGGUGACAACUGACUAAAAAGCAAAUCACCAAACAAAGCCUAAUGGACAGCACUGUUAUGAGACUGAAAGCCAAAGACAUUUGCACAUUAUCCAAGGUCAAGAAAAGUAUUAAACCCUUCUCACCUAAUGUUGUAUUAUUUAAAAAUAGAUAUCAUUAAUUUUUAAGAAAUAUAAACUUUCAGUAUCUUCAAAGACAAACACAUGUAAAAUAGGUAAUGUGUUGAUCUGUUGAUGAUACUACUAUGACCAGAUUGUACACAGGAACAGAUCCCUGUGUUUCUUUUAGGUAACACAUCACUGUCCCCUACAAGCCAGUGCUUGUGGUGCCUGAAAAACAUGACCACAAGGAAUAACAAGACUUGCUGGGUGUAAUGAUGCAUGCCUGUAAUCUCAGCCACUCAGAAGGCUGAAGCAGGAGGAUCGUAAGUUCAAAGCCAGCCUCAGUGGCAAAAAGUGCCCAUGGAUGCCAUCCCCAGUACCACGAAACAAAACAAAAACAAAGUAACAAGAUGGUAUAGAACACAGGAAGGAGUGAGCAGUUCAUUUUGGCAUUUUGACUAGAAUAUAGGAUAUCUUGGUAAAGAAGAAGAGGGGGGAGAGAGAGAAAAAGAGAGAGGAGUAUCACCAUAAGUUAGAACCAAAUCAUGGAGGCUUUGAAAUCCAAAAUAUGAAGCCAAACAAUGGGAGUACAUGAGUCUGGGUUUUGUUACUAUAAAGAAAUUGUUUGAGGACUGGGGUUGUGGCUCAGCCAGCCGUAGAGGGUUUGCCUAGCAUGUGCAAGACCUUGGGUUCGAUCCUCAGCCCCACAUAAAAAUAAUUAAGUAGAAUAAAGGUAUUGUGUCCAACUAUAACUAAAAAAUAAAUAUUUAAAAAAGAAAGGUUUGAGCCUCCAUCCAUCACUGGAUUGCUUUGUAAGAGUGUAAGUGUGUGACUAACUCUUCAGAUAAGGACACUUGAUGCUCCACUAAGAGGUCCAAAAUUCCCCAUUUCCUGAUUGCUUUGCUUAAUUCUCACCAUGGGACUUAGUUUUCAUCUGUUGGGGAGCUGCCUCAAGGCCUUACCUUGGUUGAACUUAUUUUACAUUUCCUGUCUCCCCUGAAAGUGGCUUUCUAUCUCCCCACCCCAGCUUUACAUCACCUGCCAUAAGCACAGCUUAUGGAAAUAACUCAGAUCACCUUGAGAUACCUAACAAGAUUAGAAAACAGGAAAGAAGGAAGGGUGGGAAAAGAAGCAGAGAAUGUCUCCUGUCUCUUAGAUCCUGGUGACUGGUCCCCUGGUGACUGCAUUGUCUAUCCCCAAGAACUCAGUAGGGAUCUACUGUCAGGCACCUUUGCUGCCCAAAGCAACUUCUCAUUGAUCUACUUCUAGGGAUCUUGGAAAAGAUGCUUUGAAAGUCUCCUCCCGGGUUGAGAGUGCAGCUCAGUGGUAAAGAUCUUGCCUAGCAUGCAGGAGGCCCUGAGUUCAAUCCCCAGUACCAUCAAAUUAAAAAAAAAAAGGUCUCCAUGCCCACACUUGAGGACUUGGUAACCUAUUGCCCAAAAUAGCCUCAUAAUAUGCAGGUCCUCUUUCAAGACUUGUUAAGAACCCCAAAUGGUGGUAGCAAAGCAGUAAACCAACCCCCAUCUGACUACAUGGAUUGCACACCCAUACAGUGGGUUACAAUUCUGAAAUAACCUCUCUCCAUGCCCUGUGAAGGAUCCCGGUCUCUGUCUUCCCAUCACUCUGCCCACAGUGGAACAUUUUAUGAACCACAGUUUAAGGCUUUGAAGCAGCUUCUCUUUGUAUAUAAAAGAAUUAAGUAUUAUUUUUACCUUUCUUGACAGUAAUAACUUUUGAGCUAUUUUUUUUUUGUUCUACCUGUUCAAUGACAACCCUGCUAACCAGUUUAACCUCAAAACUCACAUGAAUUCUCGAGACCUGAAGACAGCUAUUGAGAGAAUUACCCAGAGAGGAGGGCUUUCUAAUGUAGGCUGGGCCAUCUCCUUUGUGACCAAGACCUUCUUUUCCAAAUCCAAUGGAAACAGAGGUGGUACUCCCAAUGUGGCCGUAGUGAUGGUGGAUAGUUGGCCCACAGACAAAGUGGAGGAGGCUUCAACGCUUGCAAGAGAAUUAGGAAUCAACAUUUUCUUCAUCACUGUAGAAGCUGCUGUGGAAAAUGAGAAGCAGUAUGUGAUGGAGCCUAACUUUGCCAACAAGGCUGUGUGCAGAACCAAUGGUUCAACGUGCAGAGUUCAUUGGGCUUCUCCAAGACCAUGCAGCCCCUGGUGAAGCGGGUCUGUGACACCGACCGCCUGGCCUGCAGCAAGACCUGCUUAAAUUCAGCCGACAUUGGCUUUGUCAUUGACGGCUCCAGCAGUGUGGGGACAGGCAACUUCCACACAGUCCUGCAGUUUGUGGCCAACAUCAGCAAGGAGUUUGAGAUUUCAGACACAGACACACGUAUCAGGCAGUGCAGUAACCUACGAGCAGCGGCUGGAGUUUGGGUUUGACAAGUAUAGCACCAAGCCUGACAUCCUCAACACCAUCAAGAGGGUGGGGUACUGGAGUGGUGGCACCAGCACUGGCGCCUCCAUCCACUAUGCCCUUGAGAAGCUCUUCAAGAAGUCCAAUCCCAACAAGAGAAAGCUGAUGAUCCUCAUCACUGAAGGCAGCAGGUCCUACGAUGAAGUGCGGAUACCAGCCAUGGCGGCCCAUCAGAAGGGUAGCUGGAAAUCUGGCUCAGCCAGCUGCUGAGGCUCCUCUCUAGGGCAGGGAGAGGCUAUCCUUGGAGGGCAAGGAAGGCUCUGCUUUUCUGUGCGUUGGUUUUGUCUGUGACUCUCAAAAAUGUUCAAAGCCAUUAGAGGAGCAAAUAUUGCAGGUGUCUGAGUAGCAAAGAGGGAAGGAUGAAGGGCGGCUAGAGACUCCCCUAGUGUCUUUGAAAACAGGGAGCCUUUCAUUGACCUCCUACAUCCGGAGGCUUUUCCAACCAGGGCUUGAGACACUAAAAGGGAAUUUUAUUUUUCACUUUCUAUGAAAGAAAAACAAAUCCCUAGCUGUGUUGAAGACACCAAUUUGUCCUUAAUACCUUUUAAAGACUGAUAGUGCUCUUUAAGGAGGUCAUACUGUGUUUGUAAAUUAGAUAUUGAGGGUUUGGGGGGAAAACCCUAAGAAAUUUUGAUUCAGAAUAUUUAAAAGUGAUAUUUCCAUAUAAAAAUUGCUAAGUUGUCGAGAGAAGGCUCAAAAACACACAAAAAAAUGAGGGCUGAGGAUGUAGCUCAAGUGAUAGUGUACUCGCAUGGGGCACUGGGUUCAAUCCUCACCACUA